CUAUUUGAAAUUCUGAUAAGAACCGGGGAAAAGACACAGUGUAACGCGCUAUAUAGGCAAGGUAAACCACAUCGUUUUCUUGUCAAAGUUAAAACUGAUGCACUACAUUUUAAUUUACUACUGAUCAUUUGUUGACAGAGACUUUUGCAAUGCUUCUCGCAAUUUUUAUGUUAUAUGUAUUGGGUUUCACUGAAUCUGGCCGUGCACCAACAUGGGAUUCAUGCGGCUGUCGUUGGUUGCCAUGGGGAAGUUGGUCUCAGUGUUCUGCGCUUUGUGGAGGGGGGCACAGAUACAGAAGUAGGAAGGUUUGGCUACAUGACACACCUGAAUGUAGCGAAUUUACAAAAUGUGCCAGCAAGGAUAUGGGACAGGAUUGGGACUAUUCUUGUAAUAGGAUUUGUUACCAUGGAUCAUACAGAAAUGGUGGAUGUCGUUGCUCAGUAGGAUGGCGUGGAAGUUGCUGCAACUACCAAGUAGCAUGUGGAAAUCCGGGUUCUAUCAGAAAUGGUCAUGUCACAGGAUCUGUAUAUACAUAUGACAGUAUUGUUGUUUAUCAUUGCAACCAGUACUAUAACUUAACCAGUGGGACUAGAACCAGAAAAUGUCAAGCUAAUAGUGUGUGGAGCGGACGGAAGCCUAGAUGUGCUUUUGUUAAUUCCUGUGCCAGUAAUCCAUGCCAAAACAAUGGGACGUGUAUUAACGGUCUGGAUCGAUACACCUGUCUCUGCACAAAAAGUUUUACUGGGAUGAACUGCGAAACAGAUAUUCAACCUCCAGUGAUGAGCGGUUGCCAUGAAAACAUGACAGUGUACUCUGCAGAACCGAUAACCUUCAUUAACUGGACAGAACCCACAUUUCAUGAUCCAGUUGGGAAACAUGUUAUGGUAUCAACGAAUUAUCCUCAAAAUAGUUGGAAGUUUCCAUGGGGGGAUUUCAUAGUUCAAUAUGAAGCACUAAAACCUUCUAACGGUUUGAGAACAAAUUGUGUAUUCGAUUUAAAAGUCCGACCUCAUCCUUGCGGAGAUCUUAAUAUACCUGGAAAUGGAGCCAAAGUUUGUAAUGGAUGGAAGAAAGAUUACGGCGAGUUGUGUUUGGUCUUCUGUGGACCGAGGUACAGCCUGGACGUGAGAUUCAGUCAUAGUCAGUGGUAUGUCUGUGGAGCAAGUGGAAAAUGGGUACCACGUGGACCAAUGCCUAAUUGUACAGGAAUGUUUACAACAAAGACAACAGACGAGAAAUUCAGAUUUACCAAUAGUUCUUCUCCAGAUCAAAUUACCAAAAUGCAAGAAACCUAUCUUGAAUCGCUAAAAUCAUCUGCGUAUAGUUAUUUUUGCACACAAUUUGAUGUGAUGUGUCGAAAAGAAAACGUUGACGUUUUUUGUGCAUAAAUCACACGCUUAUCUACUAUUACAAAAAUUGAAGAUAACCCGAGACCAAAGAGUAACACUUUAUAGAUAGUCUUCUCUUGAGUUCUGCUAUACACUGUUAUGUGUUUUAUAUGUAUUUGAGUGACUUUGGAAUUAGUAGUAUUUUGUAAAAUUAAUACAUUGGCUAAAUUCUCAUACAAAUUUUAAGAUUAAAAUAUCAAGCAG